AUGAGAACGAUGGCCCCAAAUUCAAAAAAUUCAUACCUUUCUUUCGACGUAACUUGUGCAUCUCCAAUCGCUGUGACUCUUGCCGAUUCGGGUACGGUUUGCAAAGGUUGCACUGAGAAAUCGGAGUACGUUAAGAAGAUUGAGGAGCUGAAACCAAAAUAUGUGAAAGAGGAGCUGUAA